ACUUUAGUGAUCAAGUUGUUUUUUUUUGUCAACAUUACGUUUGCGAAAGACACACAAAAGCCCAGACUUUACGCAUAUUGUUAAUAGGCUAUACAAACUCAAAUUAUAGUCAGAGGCGAUCCUCUCACAUCUGCAAAAGUCCACUUCAAGGGAAGUGUAAAUAAAGAAAAAUAAAUCCUUCUGCAACUUACAUGUUUAUCAAAAACAAUGUGUUCAAUCGUGCGCAAUACCGAUGUUGAACAGAGGUCAUCUCAAGCCGUUGUUGUCGCAGUGUCAUCCCAAGCUGUCUUUGACUCAGAGAUGGAACAAGACCCAGGUUUACCAGACCUUCUGAAAAAGGGGCCAGCGUUCUCGUUCAUCGAGGCAGUGCAGCAAGUGAACAAAAAACUGAUGGACAAAAAUCCAGCAGAAACUUUGCUGUUUGAUGUGAUCCUGUUAUCUAAUUACAGCAAGGACAUCAACUCAAAGAUCAUUGCCAGUGUCAAGCAUUAUGGUCUUGCUAUCGGCAGGUUUUGCUUUUGUAACAAAGAUGACAACGUAGAGAGCUUACAAUCAAGCGACGCAAAGCUGUUCUUGUCAACGGACAGAAAUGAUGUGUUCCAGGCUUCACAACAAGGAGUCCCCUCUGCACUUCUGUUCCAUCAGCAGGCCUCGGGGCAGCAGGCCUCAGGGCAGCAGGCCUCGGGGCAGCAGGCCUCGGGGCAGCAGGCCUGGGGGCAGCAGGCCUCGGGGCAGCAGGCCUGGGGGCAGCAGGCCUCGGGGCAGCAGGCCUGGGGGCAGCAGGCCUCGGGGAAGCAGGCCUCGGGGCAGCAGGCCUCAGGGCAGCAGGCCUCAGGGCAGCAGGCCUGGAAGGAGCUCAAAGUCGUGUUCUCAGGCGACGCCCUCGGCUUCUCCCAGGACGACCUCUCCAGUCUGAGAGGACAGGGCUUCACUGAGCCACAGCUGCAGUCUCUCAAAGCUGCCAAGGACUCGGUGAAGGAGUUUGCCGUGCAGAUGGGUGAGAUGAGGAGCAGGUUUGGGCUGGUGGGCAGCCCCCUGCGGGCUGGCCUGGUGACGGUGUGGGGCUCCAGGGACGUGUGUGCCCGGGCCCUGCUGACCCUGCGGGGCUGGGGCCUGUUGGUGGACGAGGCUUUCUGCCUGGCUGGAGCUCCACUCAGCCCCAUCCUGCGCCUGCUGCAGCCACACGUCCUCUGUGUGGACGGCCUGCUCCUCGCGUGAUGGAGUGAUAGAUUGAUGGAGUGAGAGCGUAAUGGCGUGAGUUUAUACGGGACUUUCUUGAAGGAUUUAAGGAAAUAAGAUUCAGUAUUGAAUUAUGUAUAAAGUUCCCAUACUGUAGUGAAUAAAAGGCAGUUCCACUGUAGAUGGUGCUGGCACAGUAUGUCCACACUGACCAGUGGAGGGAAGCAUUGGAUCACUGUGCAGAACUGUGGUAUUCUAAUGUUUAUCAACUACUCACUGACCUAACAUUACAUGUCAUGAUGAAAGUACCGUUUGAGGGAUUGCCAAACAUAAGUUUUUGUUUUUUAUUUAGUCAACUUAUUGUUUCUAAAGUAUAGUCACGUAUCCCAAUAAUUACUAACAAUGUUUUACAAAUCCCAACAAUCAGACAUCGGCCAUGCUCUGAAAUUGUUUAUCGACACAGUAAUUCAAUUGUCUUUUUAAAUAGAACACCUCAGAAUCUCUUUUAAAUUGUGAAAGUCAUCAAAAGUGAGACUUCCUGUUUGUCUGGCCUCGGCGUGUCCUGCAUGUUGUCUCCACGGUCGGAUCUGAUGGGUGGAACAGAACUUGUGGUUAUCAGCAUAUGUUAUGGUUACGCUGUUGCUAUGGGGAAAUGGUAGUUUCCUUUGCAGAUCCUGUCUGCACUCUGCUCUGUGGCCUCAGUCACAAAGUACUGGGAGGGAAUUAUACACAUUCUGCAAAAUGAAAAUUCGGUGUUGUUUAGGUGUUGUAAAUCUAGCAUUAGGGAGGCUGGACUACCUUCUCACAAAGAUUUUACGAUUAUUGUGUAUGGAUUAUUUGAUUAAAGUACAACGGGCGGUUGUGGUCAUCGGUGUAUUAAGUUUUACAGCCACCACUGUUGGUAUCGAGAACCGUAUCAUAAACAAGCAGUAACAAUGGGUGA